CUUGCGAAUUGCCUAGGUACCUUAGAUCAAGCAGGACAUUUCCUUAUUUCCACAAUGAUGUCCUCGCCUCUCCUUCGCCGGUCCCUCCCUACCCUCUCCAGUCGAUCAUUCACAAUGUCCUCGCCGCAACAACGUCUCCAAGCGGUUGAACGACACUUCAGCGCAUCCACGAGGAAGCCCAAGGAGAUCCAGGACGCUUAUAUUCUCGCUGCAGUCAGGACGCCCACGGCCCUCUUCAAUGGCUCCUUUUCAUCCGUCUCUGCUCCCGAAUUGGGCGCCACAGCCAUCAAGGAAGCUCUGAAGCGAUCCGAUGUCCCCGCUGAGAAGAUCACAUCCGUAUACAUGGGCAACGUGAUGCAAGCUUCUGUGGGACAAGCUCCAGCCCGGCAAGCCACUAUCUUCGCUGGACUUUCUUCGUCGGUAGAAGCGACCACAAUUAACAAAGUCUGUGCUUCCGGUAUGAAGGCUGUUGCGAUAGCCGCACAGCAGAUUGAGCUCGGACAAGAGGAGGCGGUCGUGGCAGGUGGUAUGGAGAACAUGUCAAGAGUGCCUUACUAUACACCGAGAGGACCGCAAUUACCGGCCUUUGGGAACGUUACCGCUGAGGAUGGGUUGAUCAAGGAUGGACUGUGGGAUGUGUACAACCAGAUUCAUAUGGGGAACUGUGCAGAAAGCACGGCAAAGAAGUAUGAAAUCAGCAGAGAACAACAGGAUGAGUUUGCCAUUGAAAGCUUCAAGAGAGCGGGCGAGGCUUGGAAAGCAGGACACUUCAAGGAGGAGGUUGUGCCUGUUACUGUUAAAGGAAAGAAGGGCGAUACUGUGAUUUCGGAAGAUGAGGGCUAUGGCAGAUUGAAGGUGGACAAGGUAGCCACAUUGAAGCCUGCGUUUGAUCGAAGUGGGAAGGGAACCGUGACUGCAGCGAACAGCUCGAGUAUGAACGAUGGUGCUUCUGCAUUGAUCGUCACUAAUAAGGCGUUGGCAAAACAGUACGGAAAGGGAAAGAGAGUGCUUGCGAGGAUUGUAGCAUAUGCAGAUGCUGCUGUGGAUCCUAUUGAUUUCCCAGUGGCACCUGCCAAAGUCGUCCCAAUUGUGCUCGAGCGAGCUGGUAUCACGAAAGAGCAGGUCAAGGUGUGGGAGUUCAACGAGGCCUUUGCUGCCGUGAUCAAGGCUAAUGCCAAGAUUCUCGGUCUUGGAUCUGCCAAUGUCAACCCCCGUGGAGGUGCAAUUUCUCUCGGCCACGCCCUCGGAAGCUCAGGGUCGCGGAUAUUGGUCACACUUCUGCAUCAACUGAAGAAGGGUGAGUACGGUUGUGCAGCCAUCUGUAACGGUGGCGGCGCAGCGAGUGGGAUGGUGAUACAGAUGGUGGAUGCAGAUGAGCUGUGAGCAGCAUAAAAAAGCGCGCAUUAUUGUAUAACGAAAUUACGUCCAAGAGGG